CUCCAUGCCCCAGGCCGGCCGCGCGCCCCGCCGCUGACGGCGCCGCCGCUCCGGCAGGACCCAUGCCCUGCGCGCGCCGGGGGCCGUAGCGGCCGCGGGCGCCCAUGGACCGCCACUCCAGCUACUUCUUCGUUUGGCUGCAGCUCGAGCUCUGCGCCAUGGCCGUGCUGCUCACCAAAGGUGAAAUUCGAUGCUACUGUGACGCUGCCCACUGUGUGGCCACUGGUUAUAUGUGUAAAUCUGAGCUCAGUGCCUGCUUCUCUAGACUUCUUGAUCCUCAGAACACGAAUUCUCCCCUCACCCACGGCUGCCUGGACUCUCUCGCGAGCACAGCAGACAUCUGCCAAGCCAAACAGGCCCAAAACCACUCUGGCACCACCGUGCCCACGUUGGAAUGCUGUCAUGAAGACAUGUGCAAUUACAGAGGGCUGCGUGAUGUCCUCUCUCCCCCCAAGGGUGAGGCCUCAGGACAAGGAAACCGCUACCAGCAUGAGGGUAGCAGGAACCUCAUCAGCAAGGUGCAGGAGCUGACUUCCUCCAAAGAGCUGUGGUUCCGGGCAGCGGUGAUCGCUGUCCCGAUUGCUGGAGGGCUGAUCUUAGUGUUGCUUAUCACGUUGGCCUUGAGGAUGCUUCGCAGUGAAAACAAGAGACUGCAGGAUCAGAGGCAGCAGAUGCUCUCCCGUUUGCACUACAGCUUCCACGGACACCAUUCCAAAAAGGGGCAGAUUGCAAAGUUAGACUUGGAGUGCAUGGUGCCGGUCAGCGGGCACGAGAACUGCUGUCUGACCUGUGAUAAAAUGAGACAAGCAGACCUCAGCAACGAUAAGAUCCUCUCGCUUGUUCACUGGGGCACGUACAGCGGGCACGGGAAGCUGGAGUUUGUAUGACGGAGUAUUAUCUGAACUAAACUUCUUGAACGCUUGAAGGCCUCUGAGUUCUGCUGGACAGGAGCACUUUAUCUGAAGUAAAAUAAACUCAUUUAAUCAUCUUUGAGAGACAAAAUGACCUCUGCAAACAGAAUCUUGGAUAUUUCUUCUGAAGGAUUAUUUGCACAGACUUAAAUACAGUUAAAUGUAUUAUUUGCUUUAAAAUGGUGAAAAGCAAAGAGGAGACUAUGUACACACUGUUACCAGAGUUAUUUGCAUCCGAGGGAGCUGGAAACGAGUACCUAAAUAAACUAAAAUGUGCUCUCUGUAAGCUUCUACAUCUUGAUUUAUUGUAAAGAUUUAAAAGAAAUAUAUAUAUUUUGUCUGAAAU